AUGCUCUCCAGAGUGUCAUCCCAGGCGAGCAAGUCCGUCUCUCGCUCCGCCCUCAGGGCCUCGUCCGCCAAGCUCGCGAUCAAAAAUGCUCGCAGGACACUCGUGCAGCCGUCGGGUGCCGACAGAGCGAGUGUCGUCGAUGUUCCAUCGUCGUAUGAGGGCGAUGAGCACUUCACACCCAGCGCAGACAUGUUUGGCUUCAAAUUGGAGGUUCCUCGACGCGAGGGGAACAUAGGCAGCGUCCUCCGCCCUAUUUACCUCGACAUGCAAGCAACGACUCCAGUCGAUCCCCGAGUACUCGACGCUAUGCUGCCCUUCCUGACCGACCAGUACGGCAACCCACACAGUAGAACCCACGCCUACGGAUGGGAGGCAGAAACGGCCACACAGCAUGUGGCAGACCUCAUUGGUGCCGACCCAAAAGACAUCGUUUUCACAUCAGGCGCCACUGAAACGAACAAUAUGGCCAUAAAAGGCGUCGCCCGCUUCCACAAGGACCGAAAGAAGCAUGUCAUUACUGUGCAGACAGAGCAUAAAUGUGUCCUGGAUUCGUGCCGCAAGCUUCAGGAAGAAGGUUUCGAUGUCACGUACUUGCCUGUGCAGAAGAACGGUAUCGUCGACCUUGCUGAGCUCGAGGCUGCCAUCCGUCCCGAUACCUCGCUUGUCUCUAUCAUGACUGUGAACAACGAGACUGGUGUUAUCCAACCAAUGAAGGAAAUCGGCGCACUACUGCGCAAGCACCGUGGCGUGCACUUCCAUACCGACGCUGCGCAGGCAACUGGCAAAAUACCCAUUGAUGUUAACGAGAUGAACGUCGACUUGCUUAGUAUCUCCGGCCACAAGCUGUAUGGUCCCAAAGGCAUUGGUGCCGCCGGUGGUGGGCAGGAGCGUGGCUUACGGAGCGGAACACUUGCGCCUGCGCUCGUGGUUGGGAUUGGUGAAGCAGCACGGAUUGCGAAGCAAGAAAUGGCGCGGGAUCAUGCUCGUGUCAGAGAGCUCUCUGACCGUCUUAUUGCCGGCAUUAACGCAAAGGUCGACCAUGUCAUCCGCAAUGGCGACGUGAACGGCUAUCCUGGCUGCGUCAAUUUAAGCUUUGCAUACGUGGAAGGCGAGAGUCUUCUGAUGGCGCUGAAGGAUAUUGCUCUCUCGUCAGGAAGUGCGUGCACAUCGGCGUCUCUUGAGCCGUCGUACGUUCUUCGUGCCCUUGGUGCUGCUGAGGACAUGGCACACUCCUCUCUUCGGUUCGGGAUGGGCCGCUUCACGACGGAGGCUGAGAUCGACUUCGUUGUCGAAAAAAUUGUUGCCGUUGUGCAGAAAUUGCGUGACAUGAGUCCGUUGUGGGAGAUGGUCCAGGAGGGCAUCGACAUCAAUACGAUUAAUUGGGCUCAACACUGA